AUGCGUGUCUCAUCCUCGGCCUUAUUGGCCUCUCUACUCGCAUUGGCUGCUGCUAAGCCUGUGCCCGAGACUCACGUGGUUCAUGAGAAGCGUGAUAUUGCGCAUCGCUUCACCACUUCCAAAUGGGUCAAGAGGGAUAGAUUGGAGAAAAACACUGUCUUGCCUGUUCGUGUUGGCUUGAAGCAGCAGAAUCUGCAGAACGGUGUCGAAUGGCUUAUGGAUGUGUCCAAUCCCCAAUCUCCCAACUUUGGAAAACAUUGGACGUCGGAUGAGGUCAUCGACAAAUUUGCACCAUCCAACGACACUUUGACUACCGUUCGCGACUGGCUCGUAAAGAACGGUAUCUCCGACCGCAGAAUCACACACUCUGACAACAAGGCAUGGUUCGCCUUUGACGCCACCACCAAGGAAGUCGAGGAUCUACUACACACUCAGUACCAUGAAUUUGAGCACAGUUCUACUGGAAACUACGUCGCAGCUUGUGACGAAUAUCACGUUCCCAAGCAUAUUCAGGAUCACAUAGACUUCAUCUCGCCUGGUGUUAAGGGUGCCAACCUUCGCAAGCGCACCUCCAAGAAAGCCAAGCGAGGACUCAGAGGUGCUCCAGCUCGUAAGCAGGCACCUUUCAUGCCGAAGAACAUAUCUUCUCUCAGCACUUGUGAUCAAGUGGUGACACCAGCAUGUAUCCAAGCAUUAUACAAGAUUGCUCCCAACGAUCCUCAUGCCAAAGUCAAUUCUAAUAACUCUCUCGGUAUCUUUGAGGAGGGCGAUUACUACGCCCAGGGAGACUUGGACCGCUUCUUCGGAAACUUCACACCUUACAUUCCUAAUGGCACUCAUCCCAUUCCUAACUUUAUUGAUGGUGCAAAGGCACCUGUUAGUCUGAGUCUUGCUGGCGGUGAGAGUGACCUGGACUUCCAGCUCGCCUACCCCUUGAUCUACCCUCAGACCACCACUCUGUACCAGACUGAUGACCUCUACUACGCGUUUGGUAACGACCCCAAUGCCACCGGACUUUUCAACACUUUCUUCGAUGCCAUCGAUGGCUCAUACUGCACGUACUCUGCCUACGGUGAGACUGGAAACGACCCUAUCCUUGACCCCAAGUACCCAAACACCGCCGCAAGCAAUGGCUACAGAGGUCCACUACAGUGUGGUGUCUAUAAGCCUACGAAUGUCAUCUCCAUCUCAUACGGCGAGCAGGAGCAAGACCUACCUGCCUACUAUCAGCAGCGUCAAUGCAAUGAAUGGCUCAAGCUUGGUCUGCAAGGUGUAUCCAUCUUCGUCGCUUCUGGCGAUACCGGUGUCGGUGGCAUUAGAGGUGACGGCUCAGCAAACGGAUGCCUAGGUUCCAACGCCACAGUCUUCUCGCCCACUCACCCCAACUCUUGCCCCUGGCUCACUAACGUCGGUGGUACUAAGAUCUACCCUGGACGCAGUGUUUACGAGCCCGAGUCCGCAGUCAACGAUCCCGAGUCUGGCUACUCAUCCGGCGGCGGUUUCUCCAAUCUCUUCGACAUCCCUGAGUAUCAAGCUUCUGCUGUCAAGACUUAUUUCGAGGAGCAUGAGCCUCCGUACAAGUACUACCGUAAUGGCCAGUACAAUGGCACUGGUGGUGGACUCUACAACCGCAAUGGCCGUGGUAUCCCCGACGUCGCUGCCAAUGGUGAUAACUUUGCCGUCUUUAACGGUGGCCGCUUCAUCCUCGAGGGCGGUACUUCUGGCUCUGCACCCAUAUUUGCUUCCAUUAUCAACCGCAUUGUAGAAGAGCGUAUCGCCAUCGGCAAAGGACCUUUGGGCUUCGUCAAUCCUACUCUCUACCAGCACCCUGAAGUGUUGAAUGACAUUGACAAUGGCACAAACCCUGGCUGUGGCACACAGGGGUUCAGUUCAGUCAAAGAUUGGGAUCCUGUUACUGGGCUAGGUACGCCUGAUUAUCCCAAGAUGUUGAGUUUGUUCUUGAGCUUGCCUUGA